UACAGUCAUUAUCAAUAGGUCUCAUUGUUUUAUUCUUUCAAAAAUGUCUUGCAACAUAAACCAAACAGCAAUCUACCAAGUAAAAUCUCAUGAAUGGGGUCUAGGAGGGGUGGGUAUAUGCAAAGCCUACCCCUACAAAAAAUGUAAAGAUGCUAUUUCCAAAAUCCUUCAUCACUUUAUUAGAAAUACGAAAACCAAGUGAUUGAUUAAUACCGUCUCUGCAAGUAGGUGUAGCUUCUAGUUUCUUUAUCAGUCCCUGAAAAUAGGUUGUGAUUUGCAAAAACCAACAUUGGGGUUCUUGGUAAACUAGAAAUUAACAAGUUUAAAGGUUUGUUAUUGAUCUGGUCACAUCCAUCAUCCAUAUCGAAAGGGGGUAUUUGUUGAAUUGGUAGCAAUGCCCUUCUGCCUUUGGUGUUCAACCAGAUCAAAACAUAGUUUGAUGGCAAAAAAUAAUGAGCAUUUAGGUAGUAGAGUAUAAUUUCUAAACUACUUUAAACUCACUACCAUUUACUUUAUAGGGUUUACAUAUUUCUUUUUGCUUCAUAUAGAAAAAAGCGAUUGAAGAUAUAAACAAAAAAUAACAAGAUGUAAUUAACGAGAAAGACGUGGGGCACAAGUGUGAUUCAAUACAAAGGAUAAUAGUAUGUAGUAAAAAAGAGGAAAGUAGAGAACAAUACAAAAAAUACUAAGACAUAGAGCUUUAUUAUAGUGGUGAUGAUUAAAGGAAUGUUCAGUUAUUAGUGAAGAUGUGAAAAUGAAGAGGCAUGUCCCAAGAUCGUGUAAAGAAUGAACUACGUGAUGAAGCAAGAAAAAGGUCUAUGCUUAAGCAUUAAAAGUAGAAAAAAUGGGAAAGAGAACGGACUGAGGCCAAUAGCCUAAAAAUUUUACACCAACAAAGAUGGCAAGAAUCCAGAUUUUUCUCACUAAAAUGGAGGCAUGAGCCUCAACAUCUUCAAGCCUUGCACUUCACACAUCUGUGUGUCGAAUACCUUAAUGCAUAAAACUCAUUUAAGUGGACUAAUGGUUAAGCCUGAUUGGUGUUUUAUUAACUAAAGCAUAUAUUAUGGCUAAAGAGAACAAUAGGGUGUUGAAGUUGUUGAAAGUUAUGGGCUUCAUCACUGCAAAAUGGGGUUAUGAGCCUCAUGAAGGCGGUGAAACCCCUAAUGCACACCGCAGAUGGAGGAGGAAAGAGUCACAAACGCAGACGCGAUCACUCAGAUUUCAGAGUCAUAAUAUGAUGCGAAAUGUUAUUUGUACAGCGAGAAUCAUGAAUAAUGGCCAAAGAAGAGUAAAGCAUAUCGGAAAUGGAAGUGGACAUUGACUAUAAAACCCUAGAUCAAGUUGUACAAAUACAGCAAUACUCAUCGAGAAAAUGCAGUUACUUACCUGGAGGAUGGCAGAGCGGUGUGAUCCGGUCGACGACGACGACACAAUGGGAUUGAUCGGAGACGAAGCAAUGGAUAUGGCUCUAAUUUUUGGAAGGAGGGGACGCCAAAAGAUCCAGCCGGUUAGACAGCAGCCAUUUGCCGGAGAUGCUCAAAGGAAAGAGAAGAAGAUGUUUAAAGGUGCCACUAUUGGAGAUGAGUGCUUAGAGGAGGUGUUCAAAGAAGAAAGAGAGUGAGAGAUGCUCAAGAGAGCACCUGAUGCUAGCAUUCAAAAUCAUGUGUGCAUUCUUUUAUUUUUUGUAAAAUAAGCUUUUUUUAAUAGUACACUCUCUUUUUAAUGUUUUUUUUCUUUUCAUUUUUGUGUCUCUUUGUUUCCCCGGAAAAAAUCUUUACCAUUUUU